AUGGGGCUCUUCUACUGCGACAAGUCCGUUGGCAUCACCAGUAAUGUAUGGAACGGGAUUAAGUGUCAGAUCCAGAGUCGAGCACCUGAGUGGCUGGAGCUGGACGAGAUCCACAUGUUACAGCAGAAGCGGAUACGAGAGUCUCCUUUACUGAGUGCAGUCAAAGACAAUGACAUUGGGGCUCUCAGGAAACUACUAGAAUGCUCAUCAACUGACCUGUAUGUGAGAGGAGCGGUAGGAGAGACCGCACUUCACGUGGCUGUUUCUUAUGAUAACCUGGAGGCUGCUAAAAUAAUUCUAGAGGCUGCACCAGAUCUGAUCGACCAACCCUUCACCUCUACCCUUUAUGAAGGACAAACAGCACUUCAUAUUGCAGCUGUCAAUCAAAACGUCAAUUUGGUGAAACUACUGAUUGAAAAAGGGGCUGAUGCCUGUUCCCCGCGAGCCAUUGGCACCUUCUUCUCUCAAAACUCAGGCAACCUAUUUUACUUUGGGGAGCACAUUCUGUCUUUCGCUGCUUGCACUGGCAACGAGGCCAUUGUCCGCCACCUUAUCGACAACGAAGCCAGCAUUCGGGCUCAAGAUUCGUAUGGUAAUACCAUACUCCAUAUUCUGGCCCUACAACCUAACCAGACCUUUUCCUGCCAGAUGUUCGAUCUCAUACUGUCCUAUGACGACAAAGAAAACAAUGAUGUGGACCUUCUAACAAUCCCUAAUUAUAUGGGUCUUACUGCCUUCAAAUUAUCUGCUGCCGAGGGAAAUAUUGUUGUGUUUCAACAUCUAUUAAAUAAACGGAAACAGAUCCAGUGGAGUUUUGGCCCAGUGAUUUCCGUCUUGUAUGAUCUUUCGGGGAUAGACUCUUGGGGAGAAGAGCAGUCGGUGUUAGAACUUGUGGUGUCUUCCAGAAAGAGAGCAGCUCGCCAUAUCCUUGACCUUACACCUGUGAAAGAACUUGUCAGUCUGAAGUGGAGGAGCUGUGGACGACCAUACUUCUGGUUUUUGGCGGCAGUCUAUGUCUUGUAUAUGAUCUGCGUGACUAUGUGUUGCAUUUACAGACCUCUUAAACCCAUUCCACAUAAGUCAAACGAGUCUAGAGAUGCAACCAUCUUAAUUCAAAAACCUCUUCAUGAGUCAUACAGGACCUACCAGGAUGACCUUCGUCUUGUAGGGGAACUAAUUAGUGUUUUGGGGGCAAUUGUUAUACUACUGCUUCUGAUUCCUGAUCUGCUCAGGGUUGGAGCCACAAGAUAUUUUGGACAGACUGUCCUUGGUGGUCCAUUUCACAUAAUCAUAAUUGUUUUUGCCUCUAUGGUGAUGGCAGUUUUGGUCAUGAGGUUGACCAACAGUGAUGGCGAAGCCAUUCCUAUGUCGGUGGCAUUGGUGCUUGGCUGGUGUUACAUCAUGUAUUUCACACGUGGUUUUCAGAUGCUUGGACCAUUUACCAUCAUGAUACAAAAGAUGAUAUUUGGAGAUCUGUUGCGCUUUUGUUGGCUAAUGGCUGUGGUUAUUCUUGGCUUUGGUGCUGCCUUCUUUGUGAUAUUUCAAACCGAAGACCCUGAAGAACUGGGACAAUUUAUGUCAUACUCUAUAUCUCUGUUCAGCACAUUUGAACUCUUCCUGACCCUCAUCGAUGCUCCGGCAAAUUACGGUGUAGACUUGCCCUUCAUGUUCAGUGUUAUGUACUCAGCGUUUGCAGUAGUCGCUGCUCUUUUGAUGUUGAAUCUUCUAAUUGCCAUGAUGGGGGACACACAUUGGCGUGUGGCUCAUGAAGGAGAUGAGCUAUGGAGAGCUCAGGUUGUGGCCACAACUAUAAUGCUAGAAAGAAAAAUGCCAAAGUCCCUUUGGCCUCGUAUCGGCAUUAGCGGCAAGGAUUUUGGUUUAGAAGACUCGUGGUAUCUCCGAGUCGAGGAGCGCAAGGAUUUAGACAAGCUCAAAAUUACAAGGAUUACAGAUGCCUUUAAAAAUAAUGAGGAUGAUGAAGAUGCAGAAAGGGAAUCUUUGGUAAUGGAUCUCCCUGGAGAUGAGCUCAAGACUAAGAGGGUGUCUAUAAGUGAAACUCCCGCUUUGCUCCGAAAAUUUUCUCACAGAAGAUCGAGCAAAGGUUGGCAUAUUCUUAAAAGAGCCUCAACUGGCCAGCUACAAGGCAAAGUCAACUAUGCCCUUGAUAUCGAUGAGGAUGUGUAUGAUGUGUAAGGUGAACGCUUAUUUUAUACUGAACAGACUCAAAGGUCUGCUGGAUCUAGGUUUAAUCUGUCUAUACAAGGAAAACUGAUCCAUACUGCAUUGUAUUAUUUCAAAACUUGGGUAACCUAAGCUUCACUAAAAGAAGAAAAUCCAUCUGACAAUGUGCAAACUGAGUAUAUCUCAUGAAUCUUGGAAUGUCUAUGGCUUAUGAGGAGCAAGGAAUCUUCCCUGAACAACAUGAGGUUUGAAUGUGACUCAACGUCCUUGGACUUGGAUAACCUUGGCUACUUGAAGAACAUCUUGCCGAUUAUUCUAUCUAGAUUUAUGAUGUUGGAUUUGUUCUUGCAAACAUCCCGCUUCAGUAGAGCAUCUAAUCUUACCCCACAAAGACACCCAAAUCCUAAUUCAAUUUUUGAUUAAAAACGUUAAGAUUUUUAAGCUGUUCAACGGAGACUUUCACUAACCCACCUAAUGAAUUAAAUCUUACAGUCAAUCUCGGAAUGCCAUGAAUUCUUUAUCACCAUGGUCUUAACAUUAUAUUUAAGUAAACAUUCCCUGGUGCCAUAAUCAAUGGAUGGAUCUAUAAUGGAAAGAACUUGACCAUAGGCUGGCAUGUUGUCUCAGCAAUUAGCACUUUAGUUAAACUCUUUCGAGAAGACAUUCCCAAUGAAGGAGGCAUGACUGUCUUUACAUCCUUUUUCUUGUUACAUAACUUGAACUCUUAAAAUAGAUUGAGAGGUUAAGAUUUUGGGAAUGUCCCCCCAUUCAUAUGCUUGAGAUUGAUGGCUAAAUUGUCAGAAUCAGUUUCCAUGUACAUGAGAUUUUACCGAGUAUAGACUGGCCAUAUUAAUCAUCUAAGUUCUUUGUAGUGUUUUGAAGAAAACCAAACAACUAGGUGUCUUUCCUUGAUACAGGACAUAUUUUGUGAUGUUUUAAAAAGUCAAAAACUGAACUAGAACUCAUACACAUAUGUAGCAUAAAUUAAUUUAUAUGUAGCAGACCUAUCUUGUGAGCUCUCAGCGGGCAUGAAAACUUUUAGUUUGCCAAUUACUUUAAUGCUCAUGCUUAAAUGGUUGUCCGCUGACUGCUAAUUUGGCCAACAGCUAUCCCUCCAGACCACCAUAUAAACAUGCAUGCUCUGCUUAGGUUAGGUUUACAGGUUUUCUGAAUGAUGAGAGGUUCCUCACACCUCCA